AGAUUUUGUCUGAUCUUUCAGUGAAACUUCCAAAGCCAACAAAGCCAUGGUAUAUUGCGAAUGCCAUUGUUGAAUUGUUGAGCUUUUCCCAGAGAGUUUUAUCUUCAGCACCCGGGCCGAGCUUUCUUUCGUUGAAUUUUCCUUUUUUUUUUUUUUGGGUUGAAAUCUUCAAUCGUUUGCAUUUUUUUAUUUCAUUUUUAUUUUUUUGGGAGUUUGAAAAUUUCUUAAUGCCGCGUCUAUAAUUACCAAAAUUUCUCGAAGUCAAAAUUAUAGAUCCAAGUCUACGUUCAAAGCUUCCAGGGCCAAAGGAAAAAUCAAAUACGCGAAUAUUUCUAAACGUGAUCUCUGGCUGCUAUUUUAUGUCCCUCACGAGCCUUAAUUCGAAAAUUAUCUGGUUCUACAUAGUUGAUUGAGAGGUCUUUCUUUCUGGGCAGCUUUUGUUGUGGGACGUGUCUCAAAGUAUUGUUUCUGGAACUUUUUUUUCUUUUCGGAUUUCUAGCUGGAUUUUGUUGGGUUGUUGAGGAGUGGUAUCUCUUUUGUCUGAAUCUGUGUUCCCUUUCCUUUUUAAGGUUGUGUUAAUCUCGGUUCCUUUUCCUGAUUUUGUAUUCCCUGUACCCUUCCCUUCUGAGUUCAUUUUCUUCAAGUUGGAUUGGGUUUUUGAACAUUUUCCCAGGUUGUCCUCUUAGAAAAAUUAGUGGGUUUGUCAUUUUCAUUUCUGGGUGUUGAAAAUUUUUCGUUUUUGAGGAGUUGUGCUUCCGGGUAUUUAUCGUGUGUGGUUUAUCUUGAAUAAGCCGCAUUCAUCAGUCAUAAUUUGCUCUUACAGGAGCAAAUUUGAGUUGUUUCCAGUGGUGUCUGUGUGUUGCGUUAUUGGGGGUGGGUUGGAGUUGUUCUCAUAGGAGGAAGAGACAAUGGCUGGCGGCCGGAGGGGGAAGCUGCAUUUGAGCAAGAUCUACACAUACGCAUGUGGGAAAACAUCUUUGAAGGGUGAUCAUGAGCAGAUUGGGCAACCCGGAUUUUCCAGGGUAGUUUUCUGCAACGAACCAGAUCAUUUUGAGGCCAAAAUACGUAACUAUGCAAACAAUUAUGUUAGGACUACAAAGUAUACGCUAGCAAGUUUCUUGCCUAAAUCCUUGUUUGAGCAGUUUAGGAGGGUUGCCAACUUUUUCUUCCUUGUAACCGGCAUCUUGUCCUUCACUGAUCUCGCCCCUUACUCUGCUGUCAGUGCUGUCCUCCCUCUAGUUGUUGUGAUUGCAGCCACCAUGGUGAAAGAGGGUGUAGAGGAUUGGCAGCGAAAACAACAGGAUAUUGAGGUGAACAAUAGGAAAGUUAAAGUGCAUGUUGGUGAUGGAACUUUUCAUGAUACUGAAUGGAGAAAUCUUAGGGUUGGAGAUAUAGUGAAGGUGGAGAAGGAUCAAUUUUUUCCAGCAGAUAUCCUCUUGCUCUCAUCCAGUUAUGACGAUGCAAUCUGCUAUGUUGAGACCAUGAGCCUCGAUGGGGAGACGAAUUUGAAAAUGAAACAAGCUUUGGAGGCAACUUCAUCCUUAAAUGAAGAUUCUAACUUCCAGAAUUUUAAGGCUGUCAUUAAAUGUGAAGACCCGAAUGCCAAUUUGUAUACAUUUGUUGGAACUAUGGAGUUGGAAGAGCAACAUUGUCCCCUUAAUCCACAACAACUUCUCCUUAGAGACUCAAAACUCCGGAAUACUGAUUACAUAUAUGGGGCUGUCAUCUUCACUGGUCAUGAUACAAAGGUCAUUCAAAAUUCAACUGAUGCUCCCUCAAAGAGAAGCAGAGUUGAGAAGAAGAUGGAUAAACUUAUCUACUUCUUGUUUUUUGUCUUAUUUCUGAUAUCUUUUGUUGGAUCCAUUAUCUUUGGAAUUAUUACUAAGGACGACCUUAAGAAUGGGAGGAUGACAAGGUGGUAUCUUAGACCAGACGAUACCACUAUUUACUUUGACCCCAAAAGAGCACCGGUUGCAGCAAUUCUUCACUUCCUGACAGCUGUGAUGUUGUAUGCAUACAUGAUCCCAAUUUCAUUGUAUGUUUCAAUUGAAAUUGUCAAGGUUCUGCAAAGCAUCUUCAUCAAUCAAGAUAUUCAUAUGUACGACAAGGAGACUGAUAAACCAGCACAUGCCCGUACAUCAAAUUUGAACGAGGAACUUGGCCAAGUCGACACAAUACUUUCUGAUAAGACAGGGACUUUGACAUGCAACUCAAUGGAGUUUAUCAAGUGUUCUGUGGCUGGAACAGCUUAUGGCCGUGGUGUUACAGAGGUGGAGAGGGCUAUGGCAAAAAGAAAAGGUUCACCAUUGGCUCAUGAAUUGAAUGGUUGGGAUGAGGAUGAAGAUGCUCAAAUUGGAAAACCACUCAUUAAAGGCUACAAUUUUAAAGACGAACGAAUCAUUCAUGGAAAUUGGGUUAAUGAGCACAAUGCAGACGUCAUCCAGGGCUUUCUUCGUUUGUUGGCAAUCUGUCAUACUGCUAUACCUGAAGUGAAUGAAGUAACCGGGCAUGUUUCAUAUGAAGCCGAGUCACCAGAUGAGGCAGCUUUUGUGAUUGCAGCAAGAGAACUCGGUUUUGAGUUCUACAAAAGGACACAAACAAGCAUCUCACUCCAUGAGUUGGAUCCUGUGUCUGGCAAGAAAGUUGAAAGGGUGUAUGAUCUCCUGAAUGUUUUGGAGUUUAACAGCACAAGGAAGCGGAUGUCCGUGAUUGUGAGAAAUGAGGAGGGGAAAUUAUUAUUACUUUGUAAAGGUGCUGAUAGUGUCAUGUUUGAGAGGCUUGACAAGAAUGGUCGGCAGUUUGAAGAGGACACAAGGAACCAUGUAAAUGAGUAUGCUGAUGCAGGCUUGAGGACUUUAAUACUCGCUUAUCGUGAACUCGAUGAGGAAGAAUAUAAAGAGUUCAAUAAGAAAUUCAGUGAGGCCAAGAGCUCGGUUAAUGCUGAUAGAGAAGCAUUGAUUGAUGAAGUGACAGAGAAAAUGGAGAAGAAUUUGAUUCUCCUAGGCGCAACUGCUGUUGAGGACAAACUUCAACAUGGGGUUCCUGACUGCAUUGAUAAGCUUGCCCAGGCAGGGAUAAAGAUAUGGGUUUUGACAGGAGAUAAGAUGGAGACUGCCAUCAAUAUUGGUUUUGCUUGUAGUUUGCUUCGACAAGGAAUGAAGCAGAUAAUAAUCAGUUUGGAGACACCUGAUAUUAAAGCUUUGGAAAAAGUGGGAGACAAGGCUGUUAUCACAAAGGCAUCAAAAGAAAGUGUCGUCCACCAGAUAGCAGCAGGGAAAGCCCAGGUUACUGCAUCUAGUGGAAGCUCUGAGGCAUAUGCUUUGAUCAUUGAUGGGAAAUCACUGGCAUAUGCACUACAAGAUGAUGUCAAAAACUUGUUCCUUCAGCUUGCAAUUGGGUGUGCUUCCGUUAUUUGCUGUCGUUCAUCACCAAAACAGAAGGCGCUGGUUACACGUCUGGUUAAACUUGGAACUGGGAAGACAACACUAGCAAUUGGUGAUGGCGCCAAUGAUGUGGGAAUGCUUCAAGAAGCCGACAUUGGGAUUGGAAUCAGUGGUGUUGAAGGGAUGCAGGCAGUCAUGUCAAGUGAUAUUGCGAUUGCUCAGUUCCAGUAUUUGGAGCGUUUGCUACUAGUCCACGGACAUUGGUGUUAUAGAAGGAUCUCAUUAAUGAUAUGCUACUUCUUCUACAAGAACAUCACAUUUGCUUUUACUCUCUUCUUAUAUGAGGCACAUGCGUCAUUCUCUGGGCAACCUGCAUACAAUGAUUGGUUUAUGACGUUUUAUAAUGUCUUCUUCACAUCACUUCCACCAAUUGCUUUGGGUGUUUUUGACCAAGAUGUCUCAGCACGGUUUUGUCUCAAGUUUCCUCUACUGUACCAAGAAGGAGUGCAGAAUGUUCUUUUCAACUGGCGUCGAAUACUCAGCUGGAUGUUCAAUGGGGUAUACAGUGCCAUCAUAAUCUUCUUCUUCUGCAUAAAGGCACUGGACUCCGAGGCCUUCAAUAGCGGGGGGAAAACUGUUGGGAGGGAGAUCCUUGGGACAACAAUGUAUACAUGUGUUGUAUGGGUUGUGAACUGUCAGAUGGCCCUUACUAUAAGUUACUUCACCUUGAUACAACAUAUCUUCAUCUGGGGAAGUAUUGCUCUCUGGUAUCUUUUCCUCCUAGUAUUUGGAAUCUUGUCUCCCUCCAUUUCUUCCACGGCUUACAAACUUUUUAUUGAAGCCCUUGCCCCAGCCCCCACCUUUUGGAUUGUCACUCUCUUCGUGGUGAUCUCAACCCUUAUACCAUUCUAUGCUUACACAGCUAUUCAGAUGCGGUUCUUUCCUAUGUACCAUGGAAUGAUACAGUGGUUAAGGCAUGAGGGGCAAACAGAUGAUCCAGAAUACUGCAACGUGGUGCGACAGAGGUCCUUGCGGCCACAGACUGUUGGUGUAUCAGCACGUAGAGUGGCUAGAACUCAUAGAUAAACAGAAGAAUGAUAGUCAUAGAUAGAUACUUGCAGUUGAACUCUUAGAGGAGGCUAUCAAAGGAUUUGAGCUGUAGAUAUCUGCUGAGAAGCCAGGAACUCUGCCCAUUGAAUAUGGUGAAAUUUGAAUUAUGUGGCCAUUUAUUAGCUCAAUUCAACUAGAAAUCAUGUCGAAGGGAUUAUUACAGCAAGAGGUAGUGUACAGAAGUAUAACCAACCUGUACCAUAUGUUUGAUAGAAAAAAAGAAAAAAAAGGGCCCGAAAGCUGUAAAUUUUGAUUUUUGGCCGUCACAGGCCAUACACAUUUAUUCUUGUAAUCAUAUAUCUUGUAAUAUUUCUAUAAUGCAAUAGUGAACAGAUUCAUUUUCUCUAGGUUUUACAAGAAAGGCUCCAAAUAAAGUUUCCUCUCUUCUUCCUCUA